AUGAAGCAUUCGAAAAGCGGUUCCAUUUCAUUGAAUGGACGUUAUCGACCGCUACAUUUACGGGAUGAUGAUGAUAAUGACAAUGACUGGCUGGAUGUUCCAAAUUUUAGCAAUGAUGUCUCAAUUUGUUCACCUGUGGAAGUCGCAACUGUUCCAUUCGCUCGUUCGCUUCUUGAACGUGAGCAAAUGACGUCGUUUUUUCAAAGUUCAUGGAUCUUUCUAUUGCUUUUAGGGUCAAUAACGUCCAUGACUGCAUGGAGUGUCGAUGCUGGAGUCUUGGCGCUUACAAAGCUUCAUUUGAGCUUUACAAAACUUGGAGUAGACUGGCCAUUUGAUUAUCUUUUUUAUAUUAUUUUUCGAAUCUCAAUUCUUCUUCUUGGUGUUGGAUGUACAGUCUUGAUCUGUCCCGAAGCUGCUGGUUCCGGUAUACCAGAAAUGAGAAGCAUCUUAGGCGGCUUUUCCUUUCCAAAUUAUCUAACAGGACGAGCAUUGAUUGCCAAGUGCUUUGGCUUAAUGUUAGCACUUGGAAGUGGCCUUACAAUUGGAAAAGUAGGUCCAUUUGUACAUCUGAGCUCUAUCCUUGCGCAGCAAUUGCUAAGGUUACCGCUAUUCCACCAAAUUCGCGAGUCCUAUGAUCUAACACAUGACGUGUUGGCAGCAGCGUGUGCUGUCGGUGUCACGGCAACAUUUGGAGCUCCAGUGGGUGGUGUCUUGUUUAGUAUUGAAGUCACAACGUCAUAUUACAUGACAUCCAACUACUGGCGUGCUUUCUUCUCAUCUGUCGUCAGCGUCGUUGUUUUUCGUGCGCUGAAUAGUUUACUUGCUAAAUCAUACGGAUCUCUUUUCACGACGUACUUUGACGCAUUACCGUACGAGACGUUCGAAAUCGCUUUCUUCUUGUUGUUAGCAGUGAUUUGCGGUCUUCUUGCUGCGCUCUUGGUCCGUGCGUACUGCUUGAUACUAUAUGUGAAAAAGAAAUUGGAAGACCAAUAUUUGUUACCUUGCUGUGGACACUUCCCCGGGCUUUUGCCAUUUAUUUACGCUGCUCUCGUGGCGUUUCUCUUAUCUUUGGUAGAGUAUCCCGUUGGGAGCUUUAUGCAGCUCACGCAACGUCAAACCAUCGACGAUAUGUUUUCAUCCAAGACGCUGAAUGCUUUUUCAACUGCCACGCACUUGUCAAUCGAUUUUGGCAGUUCUUGGGCAUCUCCAUCACUCAUAUUGAACUUGUCUGCAUAUAUUAUUGUACGCUUUUGGGCCUUAGCCAUUAGUGCUACGGUGUUUGUGCCUAGUGGAAUUGUAACCCCUGUCUUCGCGAUCGGCGCCGCGCUGGGACGUCUGUUUGGAGAGUUGAUCGUUAUUUGGAGUGAAGGAGAGUUGUCCAUUGGAGGGUACGCUGUCGUUGGUGCUGCCAGUUUAACUGCAGGUGUAACAGGAACGAUCAGCAUUGCAGUGAUAGUUUUCGAGCUCACGGGACAGCUGAGCUACAUGAUUCCCGUCCUUCUUUGCGUAAUUGUUGGACGUGCUGUGACGCAGUUCUUUACUCUCGACUUAUACGAGACGAUGGCUCGUCACAAGAAUUUGCCGCGUUGGCCAAAUUUGACGAAACAAGUUUCGUAUGCGCUUACAGCAGGGGACCUGAUGCGUGAGUUGCCGCCUAUCUAUCUCGUGCGACGGCAAACGCUGACUUCAAUCAAGCAUUUGCUUCAGGUAGCAAGUCGUGUCAAAAAAGACAAGUCUAGUCGGCUAAUUCCAGUUGUAGAUGACACAAAGACAAUGGUUUUGCUUGGAGUUGCGAGUCGGGCAGAACUUGAAUCUUUGGUGGUGAUUUGGGAACUUUGUUUGCGAGGUGGAAAGGGAACGACAUGUGCUGGUAUCCAGCCCCAACAAGCACUAGCAUUGUCAAAUCCAGCGACUGAAAGCUCGGACGCUGUGGAUUUGUUGCACCUCGAACUUCUGAGUCUGGAAGAAGAUUUUUUUCACGUACCUCGCGAUACAUUAGCGAGCCAUGUUAUUCUGCUCAUUUCGGUUCAUAAAUGUCCGCAAUUAUUUGUCACGUAUCGUGGCAAACUGCAGGGUGUAAUUCAUGCUUCAGAUCUACUAGCGCGUUCUCGCAAGUACAUGUUAUAG